UCCAAGAGUUGCAUCUACUCCAAACAAGAGGCUUUCCAUUAAUGAGCCGUGCAUACGGACAUAAUACGCAUUCAAGAUCACUCAGACACAGAUCUGAAGCUGAACUAGACAUUCUACUGACUUUAAGACCUCGCGGUGAAUCAGACGUCGCUGACUGGCAACAGCCUUGGAUUUUCAUCAAGUGAUGGAAUGGGGCGGUGUAGGGUGCAACUAUGAUAACAGCGACACACUGUAGGCUAAUAUUGUGCAGUUAGGUUUACUACGCUCAGUUGUGUCAUUCGCUCGAGUUCGUGAACUUGUGGUUUUGGCAUCAUCCAGAUGGCGUGGACUGAUUUCUUCUCGCAUCCACUGUGGGCUUUUUCCACGCUGGUCUUUGGGCUCGUCCUGCGCUCACAACGGAGGGGACCGUGGAAUCCGCGCACGUGUCCCGUGGAACUUAAAGGGAAGACGGCCAUCGUCACUGGGGCGAAUACUGGAAUAGGAAAGUUUAUUGCCCUGGACUUUGCGCGGCGGGGCGCUCGUGUAAUCCUCGCGUGCCGAAACGAGGCGAGAGGUUCCGUGGCUCUACAAGAGAUUCGUCGCCUUUCCGGGAACCAGGACGUGCACCUGCGCCUGUUGGACACCUCCUCCCUUGCCUCCGUCAGGGCCUUCGCGGAGGGCAUCCUGCGCCAGGAGAAGCAGCUCCACAUACUGGUUAACAAUGCCGGGGCCACAGGCCUGAGCAGACAGAUCACUCCUGAUGGGCUGGAAAUUUCCUUUGCCACCAAUCAUCUGGGGCCCUUCCUGCUCACCAACCUGCUAUUAGACCUGAUGAAAAGUUCGGCCCCGGCGCGCAUUGUGAACGUUUCCUCCUUCAAUCACUGGAGAGGCGAGGUCAACUUUGCGCAUUUCCGUGGGGACAACCUGACCUACACGAUGGACAGCAUUUACAACCACACCAAACUCCACAACAUCAUCUGCACCAACGAGCUGGCCCGGCGGCUGCAAGGCACAGGAGUGACGGCAAAUUCCCUGCACCCGGGAGUAGUGAUGACUGAAGUGAUGAGGAACUACAGCUGGCUGGUCAGGUUCCUCUUCAACAUGGUGGGAAUCUUCUUCUUCAAGAUGGCGUGGACUGAUUUCUUCUCGCAUCCACUGUGGGCUUUUUCCACGCUGGUCUUUGGGCUCGUCCUGCGCUCACAACGGAGGGGACCGUGGAAUCCGCGCGCGUGUCCCGUGGAACUUAAAGGGAAGACGGCCAUCGUCACUGGGGCCAAUACUGGAAUAGGAAAGUUUAUUGCCCUGGACUUUGCGCGGCGGGGCGCUCGUGUAAUCCUUGCAUGCCGAAACGAGGCGAGAAGUUCCGCGGCUCUACAAGAGAUUCGUCGCCUUUCCGGGAACCAGGACGUGCACCUGCGCCUGUUGGACACCUCCUCCCUUGCCUCCGUCAGGGCCUUCGCGGAGGGCAUCCUGCGCCAGGAGAAGCAGCUCCACAUACUGGUUAACAAUGCCGGGGCCUCAGGCCUGAGCAGACAGAUCACUCCUGAUGGGCUGGAAAUUUCCUUUGCCACCAAUCAUCUGGGACCCUUCCUGCUCACCAACCUGCUAUUGGACCUGAUGAAAAGUUCGGCCCCGGCGCGCAUUGUGAACGUUUCCUCCUUCAAUCACUGGAGAGGCGAGGUCAACUUUGCGCAUUUCCGUGGGGACAACCUGACCUACAGGAUGGACAGCACUUACAACCACACCAAACUCCACAACAUCAUCUGCACCAACGAGCUGGCCCGGCGGCUGCAAGGCACAGGAGUGACGGCAAAUUCCCUGCACCCAGGAGUAGUGAUGACUGAAGUGAUGAGGAACUACAGCUGGCUGGUCAGGUUCCUCUUCAACAUGGUGGGAAUCUUCUUCUUCAAGUCGGCCGAGGAGGGGGCUGUCAGCACCAUCUACUGCGCCGUGUCCGAGGACGUGGAGGGGAUCACUGGGAAGUACUUCCACAGUGACUGCUCCCUCGUCCUCCCCGCCCCCUUGGCCAGAGACCCCGCCCUCGCCGCCAAGGACUUUGACAUUUGUGAGAGAUUGACAGCCAAGCUGUGAGCUCACUGCUGGAGAGGAGGAGGAGGAGGAGGAGCCUGGGCAGUAGCUGGAUCCCGCUCUGAAACCACCAUCUUUCAACCAUACAUUUUCCACACAGCACUUCAGAGUCAAACUUGACCCUGUUUCAUGAAGUAGGAUUGCUGAGCAAAAACACGGACCACACACAAAUCUGGAACAUGGACAGCAAUAGAAAGCGCUUUACUCUAACUCUGUAAUCCUGCUUUCUGAUACAGUUGAUCUCAUGAUGUAGCCAAAGGAAAACAUGGCACACAAGCCACAGAUUUGGAAUAUAGGAGACAGGCCUUGAAAGAGAGUCUUUCAAAUGGUGACUGAAAAUGGAGCCUUAAUUUCAAUACCAAAACCAUUUGUACUUUGCUAAAAGCUCUGGGGGGUAUUUCACAAAGCAGGAUUACUGAGUAUGCUGGAUAACUGCACUGAGUAAAGCCCAGAACAGCUCUUUUUACUUAGGUCUAUGCUCCAGAUUUGGGAGGGUUCCAGGUUUCACUCAGUGCAGUUAUCCAGUAACUCCACUAAUCCAGUAUCCAGUUAAUUCCACUUUAAGCAGGCUGGCACAAUGUUAAAUAGGGCCCUGCUCCUGGUUUUAAAGGUAUAUGUUAUAUAGUAAGCCAUGUGAACGGUUUCGGUUGGGCUAAAUGAGGACAAGGAAUGGUUAAUAAUUGUAUCACUUACCUGUGUUCAGGAGAGACACUUGCGGGAUUGGUAUAACCUAGAUUGUCUGGGUUUGGGGUGUUGAAGUUUGAUCAAAAUGCCCUUAUUGAAAAUCAGGAAUGAUGAAGUUUGAUUUAAAUACUUUCAGAAUCAUGUGCAAAAAUACCCUUUCCUAAAUGUUACUAUAUAUCUCUAUACUAUAUUUCAAAUGCUGUUUAGUACUACAAUGAUAAGCCAUACUGUUUGAAGAAUUAUUAUUAAUUAUGUUAAAAUGAAUAAAUCAGUCAUCUUGAGCAAUUAGAACUGUGUGUCUGUUAAAACACAUUGAGCUGCAAAGUACAGUCUGUUUAAUGAAAGUGCAGAGAACACUUGGGUACAAACCAUGGCAUUGGAUGCGGCCUGUUUUGACUCUGUGAUGCAGCCCAAGAGAUGUGGGUCUUUGCAAAGAGAUGUUUUGAGUUAGUGAUCACCAGCUCAAUUUGCCUGCAUCAUUAUAUAGGCGAAAGGUUAAGACAGCUCAGCUUUCAUAGAGUGACAGAAAAUAUUAAGGCGGGUUAAGAGAGACAAUGUGAUGAUUUAUGACAAAUGAUUGGUUAGCUAUAAUGUAUAAAGACUAGGAUACUUCCUACUGUUACUUUGGAAUUCUCUGAUCUCUGGAAGUUCUCUGGAGCGCACAGACUCCCCAGAUUAAUCUGUUUUAUUUUUAACUAAAGAUUUAUAAUGAGCAA